AUGACUUAGGUUACCUAAGACCCACGUUAAUAAUAUUUGGGUAUCACUACAAUUGAUUAUUUUAAGACAAAGCUUAAGAUAUAAGUUAAGAGCAAAUCUAAUAAUAGAGACAACUAAUCACAAUUAUAAGUGUUAAUGAUAAAGAUGCCAGAGAUAUAAUUUACUACUUAUAGGAUCGAUAGAGUAUUGAUUUAUCAAAAGUUUCUAAUUGGAAAAAAUUAAAAAACUUUUUAUGGGGUUUACCUAAAGUCUCUAACCCGAAUUCAUCUUUUCGAAUAUUUUGGGAAUUGAUAAGUAUGAUAUUCAUAUUCAUACAAAUGAUUCAAAUACCUUUAGUUUUAACAUAUUCAGUAGAACUAAGUGAAGGAUUUUUAGCUUUUAAUUAAUUUAUGGAUGUAUUCUUUUAUAUUGAUAUGAUAUUGAAUUUUAAAUUAGCAUAUUAUCAUAGGUAUCUUAAUUUUGAUUCUAUAACUAUGUUAGAGGGGAAAUCAUUUUUGAUAGAAAACUAAUUGCAAUCAAUUAUUUGAAAUUAUGGUUUUGGUUAGAUUUCUUAGCCGUCCUGCCAUACGAUUAAAUGUUUAGUGUAGAAGAUUCUCAAACUUAAUUAUUUAAAAUAGUAAGAUUGUUCAAAUUUAUUAAAAUAAUAAGACUAUUAAGAGUUUUAAAAAUCAGUAAAAUAUUGUAAAAACUAGAAGGUAAUUUUUAUAAUAAUUAUCAUUUUAGAAUCAUUUACAUUAGCAUAGACCUUUUAAGCAAUGAUUUAAUUUUUAAAGAUUGCAUGUAUGAUUUUGAGCAUAGCCCAUUGGAUAGCUUGUAUUUGGAAUAUCAUAGAAUACACUGAUGAGUAAGUUAGUAUUACAUGGAUGUAAAAAUAUGGAAUAGCAGAUGCAGAUUGGGGAAUCAAAUAUAUUUCAGCAUUCUAUUUUAGUGUAACAACAAUGAUUACAGUUGGAUAUGGAGAUAUCAAUGCAAAUACUCAAACAGAAAUGAUAUUUGCAGUAUUUGCAAUGGUUUUGGCUUCAGCUAUAUUUGGUUACAGUAUGUCCAGUUUCAUGUAAAUUAUCGAAGGAGAAGAUGAGAAGAUUUAAGAAUAAAGAAUUUAGAAUUCUAAGAUUGUGAGGUUUCAUUUUAUAUAAUCCAAAUAGAUAUAUCAGAUAAAAAAGUAUACCGAAAGAAUUGUAGAGUAGAGUUAAAAACUAUUUGGAAUGGCUAGCUGGUUCUGCAUAAAUUGCAAGAAAUUAUGAGUAAUAUGUAUUAAAGAGUUUAUCUGCAAAUCUUAAAACUGAAAUUGUUUGUUUAUUGAAUGGGAGAAUAUUACAUAAAGUUUAAUUAUUUAGUAAAGAAUUUACUCCAUAAUUAAUUAAUAAACUUGUUUAUGUUUUAAAUGAAUAAAUCUUGGGACCAGAAGAAUAUGUUUUUAAAGAGAAUUCUUUGGAUAAUGAUAAAGUAUAUUUUAUUCAAAAUGGAUAAAUUAAUAUUUGUCUAACAUAAAGGGAAACCCUAGUUAAAACAUUAUAAAAAGGAGAAUAUUUUGGUGAGAUUGGUUUCUUUGGUAGAAAACCAAGAAAUGCUUCUGCAAAAACUGUAGAUUUUGUAAAUGUUAUGAGUUUAAAAAGAUCAGAUUUAUGGGAAGCUGCUAAACCUCUUGAAAGUGAUUUGUUAAAAUUAUACUUUAUGAAAGAUUGUUUAGAAGUUGAGAAUAAUUUUAAACCUUUAAAACUGAGAUGUUACAUAUGUGAUAGACCUCAUCAUAUUGCAAGAAAUUGCACUGUAUUUCAUUAUAGAGCUAGUAGAAAAAACAUAAUAUUUGAAUAUUUCAGCCAUUAAAAUAGCAGAAUGAGAUUAUUUUAAAGAAGGUCUAAACGCUAAAAAAUAAACAUUAAUCUUAUUUAAGAAUAAAUUCAAAAAUAUUAAAUUAACCAAAAUCGAAAUGAAAAGUAAUAAAAAAAUAUUACUAAUAAUUACAUAGUUGAAGAUGUUAAAAUUGCUUGUGAUAUUGAUCAUUUGAAAGAAUACUCUGAUUUUUAUAAUGAAUUCAAUAUUACUAAUGUUGCAUAAAAUAUUAACUUUUAUGCUAAUUUUAUUCUUCUAUAAAUGGAAGAAGAAAAAAAAAAAAUAAAAGCAUAAUUCAGAUAAAACUAAAAAAGAUUAAAAAACCAAACUUUAGCUCCAAGAUAAUCAAAAAUUACUUUAGGAAAUCUUGAAAAUCUCAUUAACAUAUAAGAUAACUACCUAUCUUUGUCAUCUAAAAGCUCAUUUAAUUGCAUUGAAAGAUCAAAAAGUAAAUCAAAAAGGCUCCUCGAUUUGUAAUCUCAAAAGCAGUAAUUAAUUAAUUUAUUUUUUAGUAUGACCAGAAGAUCUUUUACUAAUAGUAUUCCAAAAUAUUUUGAACAAUUCUAUAAAUAACCGUCAUUUAUCGAAAAGUGUAAUUUAACAAAAAAUAAACGAAUCUCAUCUCUAACUAGGUUUGAUUCACUUUAAAAGGCUGAACUAAGUAUUUUUAGAAAAGAAACUUUUAUGAAAAAGUUGAUUCCUGAACUUCUGCUUAAUUUCAAUUUAAAGCAGCCAUAAUUUUGA